CAAAUACUUGUUCCCAUAAAACAUAGUGCACCUCGAAAGGUAGACCAGUAAUUGUGCUACAUUAUCCGAGAGAUCAAAACAUUUUCCAAAUAUGAAAGCACUGAAAAUGCAGAUUUAAAAAGUGAAAGGCAGAGCUUUUAUUGUUCAAAAUUAUGGAGCCGGACAAGGGAAAGGAGAAGGAAAAGGACAAGGAGAAAGCCCUUGCUCAAGCUCUUUUUGAUCUCUUCACAAAUGUAUCGUCGUUCGUUCAGGGCGAGCUCCAGGUACUCGCCAAAUUCACCUCAAGUUGGCACAAGACGGACCCGCAGGUGCUACACGGGACCCACCCAGACCUGGACCCACACUUGGGCUGGACCAAAGCGGGACACAGGGGCACAAAUAAUCUGUUGGAACUUCUUGAAAAGAUGAACUUACGAACAGCAGAUGAAUAUAACAACUUUGGAGACAUCGCUUCAGGUCUUCGGGUUUUUGUUGAGCAAUUGAAGACAAAAAAUGAGAAUUUCCACGAAUACAUGCAGCAGAUAGAUGAAAUUGAUCAACAAGUGACAGAACUUGAAGCUGUAGUUUCUACGCUCGACAAGUACACCUAUACAUUGGAGAAUAAAGUUCGGUCUGCAUAUGUUGAAUCUCGACCCAAGUGACAAGAAAAGAAUGACGAAAUUCUUAUUUCAAUUAAUUAAUUACAAGAGGUGUAUGAUUGAUCUUUUAUUGCUGCCAGCUGGUUACCAUUUUCUUGUUUUAUUUAAUAUUGCAGCUUGAGGUUGAGUUGAUGACACAACUUAGAAGAAUCGAAUGCACUUAUCUGACAUUUGCAGAUGUAGAAUAAGGGGAAUUGCAAAACAGCCCUGCAAGUCUUCUUAGGUAGAUGUAAGAUAAAUGAUAUGUUGUGCUCUUAAAUUUUAAAUAUGUAUCUCGCAAACUUCAGACACUGCCUUAAGAUUUUCUUGGAAA